AUUGACUCCAGGCAGCGGUGGAGUGUGUUCAGUGUGUGUGAGACAGAGGACGAGAUGGAACAUCGGGACAGAUGAAGACUACAAACGGUCCUUCCUGUGUGUUGGUCCAGAUGAGUGUGCCCAAAGCUCCUCCCAGCCACUCCCACUUCCCAUCAGGAGGUGGACCUUCUUCUCAUCUGACCCUCCCCCCACCAUCCUCCUCCUCCACAUCUCCCUCCCCCUCAUCUGCAUCUCCUCCCUCUGCCCCACCUCCUCCGUCUCCGGUGAAGAUCUCCAUGCAGGAGCACUUCGCCAUUAACGUGUGUCCCGGCCCCAUCCUGCCCAUCCCCAACCUGUCCGACUUCUUCCCACGUUACCACGCCUUCCCCACCACGCCCCCUCCGCCCAGGGACAAACCUGUCGCUCGGACCCGAGAGACAGACAGAGAGAGGGAUGAGGACAGACAGGAGGACGGAGAAGAGAGAUUGGGCAUGGAGUCUGAUGACGAGGACACAUACCUGGGGACUUUGGAGUUCAGCCUGCUGUUUGAUCAGGAGAACAACUGUCUGCACUGCACUAUUCAUAAGGCAAAGGGACUAAAGGCCAUGGACUCCAACGGGCUCGCUGACCCCUAUGUGAAGCUCCACCUCCUGCCUGGAGCAAGCAAGGCCAAUAAAUUGCGCACGAAGACCCUGAAGAACACGUUGAAUCCGGUUUGGAAUGAGACCCUGGUGUACCAUGGGAUUACCGCUGCUGAUAUGACAACAAAAACUCUCAGGCUGUGUGUGUGUGAUAUGGACCGUUUGGGUCGUAACGAGUUUAUCGGUGAAGUCCGAGUCGCUUUGAAGAAGCUCAAAGAAGGAGAGAGCAAACGAUACAACAUGGGAUUGGAGAGAAUCGCACAGGUGCGAGAAGGUAACAAUCAGAUGGUGGAUCAGAAUUCACAACUAGCAGAAGAGGAGCGGGGACGUAUCCUGGUGUCUCUCUGUUAUAUUGUGGAGAAGACGUGUUUGGUGGUGGGGAUUAUUCGCUGUGCACACCUCGCAGCGAUGGACUCGAACGGCUACUCCGACCCCUUCGUUAAGAUCGUUCUCCAGCCAGAUAUGGGGAAAAAGUCCAAGUAUAAAACGUCAGUGAAGAAAAAAACAUUAAACCCCGAGUUUAACGAGGAGUUCAUGUACGAGGUUCCUCACGAUCAACUGGCUAAGAAGACUCUGGAAAUUUCCGUCUGGGAUUACGACCUGGGAAUGAGCAACGACUUCAUCGGAGGAGUUGAAUUGGGGAUCAAUGCGAAAGGGGAGCGACUCAAGCACUGGUUCGAGUGUCUCAAAUACAAAGGAAAGAAAGUGGAGUAUUGGCACACACUUACGCAGCAAGGGGCGCCGAGCAGCGACUAACACACACACACACACACACACACACACACACACACACAUGCAGAAGAGUACGAGUAAUAAUGACCUGAUGCAAUAAACACACUCACGAGAAUGCGACGGAUGACGGCGCUGUGUCUAGAUGUCACAUCGUCCUUGUGUAUCUCAGAACACACACACACACACACACACACAAGUGAUGAUUUGAUUUGAAAGAAGACCCUGCUGACGUCAGACACACUCCUGAGUUGUGUAAUAACUGUAAUGAAGUGUGUGUCAUGGACAAUUUGCACAUCAGUCGAAGCACAAGCCAGGCUGGACUUUGUCCUUGUGUAUAUGUUUCUUGUUAGAUGUGUGUGUGUGUGUGUGUGUGUGUGUACAUGGUUUCCUUUACAUCUUCCAUACAGUCAGUAAUAUACAGAAAGAACCCACACACACACACACACACACACA